GCUUCACUUUUCUCUUAUUUCCAGGGUUAACAAAUUUGGGGAUUAGGGUUUUCUCUGAAAUAGUCUUUUAAAAAAAAUCGAAGAUGAUCGAGGUGGUGUUGAACGAUCGGCUAGGGAAGAAAGUGCGCGUGAAGUGCAACGACGACGACACGAUUGGAGACCUUAAGAAGCUGGUCGCGGCCCAAACUGGAACUCGAGCAGACAAGAUCCGUAUCCAGAAGUGGUACACGGUUUACAAGGAUCAUAUUACCCUCAAAGAUUACGAAAUCCACGAUGGUAUGGGUCUCGAACUUUACUACAAUUAAAAAAAAAUAUUUAUGUAAUCCGUGUGGUCUUUGUUUGAACAAGCUCUAGAUUUUAUAUAUAAAUGUAAUAUAAUCGUGGAUGAUGGUAUUUACUUUUCUAAGGAUUAUCAAUAGAAGAAAAUAAGUUUAUAGAUUUGGAUGAUCAAAA